UGCAAUAUCAAAUGUUCCUUCGAAAUGUCGUCUCGAUCAUGUUGUGGAAGUAUAUAAUAUAUUUGUAAUUUGACGGUGUGUAUACACAAUGAAAUUUGAUAAAUCGUAUAGACAGUGUUAUUUAAUUUGAAUAAUUAAUGGCAAAGAGGUGAGAUUGAGAGAUUACCGAUGAGGCCGAGACGAAGUGGUAGCAGAGAAGAACGAAUCGAGCGGUUCGUUAGGCCUAAUUUCCCCCCGGUUUAUUUCGGUUUAGACAGCUGGAUGGCUCCAAAUAUGGUUCAUAGAGACAACCGACUAUAUUGACCGACACCGAAAUUAAGUACUACACUCCUGACUUCGUCUCGGUUAGUUGAUUUCAUACAAAUGGGGCAUCAUGUAUCUGUCCUAAACUAAAGUAGAAGAAAUAUAAAACCAUAUACAUCGGUCAAAAAACAAUUUUAAUGUAUCAAAAUAGUCAAAAUCGCAUUUUCUUUCAAUGUUGUACCUAUAUAGAUAUACGGAUGUUAUGGAAUUCUGGUUCAUAAGAAGAUGAAACCAUUGGCCGUGGUACACUUGAAACUGAUUUAAAUAAUAAUAACUUUCAAUCUAACACUCAUAACCUGUCCUUAGAGGUAACGUCAAUAUUUGCGAGGUCCCACAUCAAACAGUCAAAAUGGAAGAAGACCAAAAUAAGAGAGCAGAACUCACUUUUCUGACAAAUCUUCACGAACGGCAUGCUAAACUAAAAUCGAAACAAAAUCUUGAUGAAGCAGAUGGCUUUCCGAAGAAAACGGAACGACGACGCACAGAGACGAUGAACUUAGCGUUUGCCCACCUGCGCGAACACAUCCCAAACGUUCCGACAGACACGAAACUCUCGAAGAUAAAAACUUUACGGUUAGCCAUAAGCUAUAUUCGUUAUUUAAGGGAAGUUCUUGAUGGAGAAAAUCCAGGUGAAUAUGUUGUUGAUCUGAAACGAGAUAGAACCAUCGCCAUGGAUAUUGCUAAUCAUUAUGAUUACGCGGAAAAACAUAAGAAAGAAGUGGUAAGUUCGUUUGCUGUCUUAAUAAUAGAAUCGUUAUAUUACAGCACAGCUGGCACGACCUGUUUAACGGGAUGUUAACAUGAUUCCGAGACGGGAUAAAAAAUAUUUAAAAGUAAUGAAAUAGAUCACCAGACAUAGUAAACGAAAAGUCAAAGGGCGAUUUAAAGAAAUGAAAUGCCGUUAAUCACUUCCUGUAGCUUGAAAAAUUAUUACUCCUGUUCAGAUCGCUAUAGUAUUAGGAAAAUAAUGAAAUCUUCUUUAAUUACACAUAUAGUUACGCGACUAUAAGCCCGGUGAGAAAGCCCGUUAUGACAACGGGAAAUUAUAUUAUUUAUUAUAUAAACAUAAGUGUUAUAUAGAGUUUUUGGCCACUGAGAAAAAUCGUAUUUAAACACACGUAAAAAAUACGAUAUUUUUACGUGUGAAAAUAUCAUUUGUUGUAAAACGCAUUGCCACGGACGUUUUAUUGUUUUUCACUGAAUUUUGUUUAUAUAAUAAACAGAAAAAUACAUGGGUGCUUGGAAAUACCAGAUUUAUUUCUCGUGUUGAACACUGAUAUCUCACUCGUUCGCUGCGCUCACUUGUGAGAUAUCAUGUUCAACACUCGAAAUAAAUCUGGUAUUUACGCGCAGCCAUGUAUUAUUCUCUAUAUAUAUAAUUUCAGAAAUUAUCUACAUUUCAUAUAUACUGUUUUACUGAUCUGCUCGAGAAUUUUUAACUUCACGAGAAAAGGCCUUUUGCUCGAAACGUCGAAGUUUCACUUGUAUUUUUCAGGUACUAGUUGAAUCCCUCCCAAUCCGCAGCUUUCUGGUGUUAUGGUCACUACUAUAUACCUACGCUUGCCACAGACCGAAUUUUAACUUACGCCUAUAUAGCGUGCUAUUUAGUCGUUGGGGAAAAGCCCAUGGUUGCCAAAGUCUGAGCCGGGUUAUUUUACAGUGUAUAUGUAUAUUUAAGGCUUUGGUUAUUGGUUGGGCUAAACCGGCUGUAAAUUUCUAAUUCAGUUUUGUUUUUGUAAUAAUAAUCGCCUUGGGUUGUCGAGCAAUAGGAAUCUUGGACAUAAUCAUGUAGUAUCUAGGUUACUAUAGGUAUUAAAACUUGGGCGACCAUAUAUUUAUAAAUAAAAAUAUAUAUACACUGGAAUCGUACACGUGCAUGGUUUUCUGCAUGAUGACCAUCAAAAACAUCAUUAGCCGCUACAUACAAUCAGUAUAUUAGUAUAGGCACUGCAUAUAUACAAUACUAUUAUACUUUUAGUUUAAAUUAAGUCCUUGAGCGCUGGAAAAGCUUUGUUGUAAUGUUUAAAUGUUAUUAUGAUUCAUUGGAACAUGCACUUUUUCAGUCACUGCAAUAGUGUUGAUAAAAAUAUCUUCAUUGAUCAUUUUCAAUCUGUUCCAACUGAUUGAUAAUCUUUUAGCACAACAUGAGCUCAACAUCAGCUACAUUAUACAUGAUAACUCAGGAAAAAAAUUUCAAGCGGCCCCGAUGUGGACAACAUCGGUUCCAUUGAAAAGGAUAUAGGAUAUACCUGCAUGGAUAUAGAAAAACGCAUUUAGGAAAACGUGAAAGAAAACUGACGAUAUACCUGUAUAUAGGUGUUCGAUAUGGGAAAAACAUGGUCAUGGAUUGACAUAAACUUCAAGUGGACCCUUAAUUGUGUUAGAAACCCGAGCCAAGCGGACUGUCAUUGAUGUAUUCUUUAAAACACGCCGCUUUUCACUCUUUUCACCCACAGUAAUGAUGCCUCUGACUUUGGUUUGGGAUAAUGACCAACGCAAUAAGUGAUUAGAAGUAAACUGAUUUUAUUCUUUCCCCGGAUGUGUAUCCACAGUAGGCAGUACUGUAUAUGUUUUAUUCACAGACAAUUAAUUUUAAAUUUGUCAAAGACAAAGGCCAGUAUGCAUUGCAUUGGCCAUUUUUAACAAAAAAAAAACACCAACAGAUCCGUACGUCUUUCAAUGAUCAGCACAAUAUAUAUUUCAUUGGUUUACCAAUUAAAAAUUUAUACAUCCACCAAUGUGUAUAUAACUAUAGCACCUAAAGUUUAAAUACUUCAGAAGAAAUAUGAUGUAUGUUCUAACAGUAAAAUUAUGCAAUAUAUAAAUUAUUUAUCCGGUUGUUCUCCGACUUGUUGUCCGUACGACUGCACGAAGUUUGGAAAAUGCCGAAAUGCAUCUGUAAAUACCCACACAUUAAUUCGGGAGCAUACAUAUUAAACACAAAUUAAAACAGUCUUAGAAUAAACCAAGUAAACUAACGACAGGUUUAAAUUUACAUUAUUCUUAACCGCAUUGGCACUGGGGUGAGUUAGCCACCCCCGUAACAACUCGGUUGGAAACAGGGCGAAUUUUACUCAAUAUUUAGCGAAUGUUUAGCAUGCAAGAUUGAGGGGUGCAUGUGAGUGGGACGUGGCCCCCAUCAUUUCUCUAUUAUGUAUAUGCGUAGUUCUGAUUUUGGCCUGCGGAGGAGGCUAUGCCAAUAGGGACACGUUUGAUGAUGCAUCUUUUGCGAAUUUAUGCUAUUCGCUAAUUAUAGCAAAACAUAUGACAGCUUUUAUCAACGUGCAGGAAAUAACACCCGUAUCGAAAAAUAAACAUUCCCACGACAACGACGUUUUUUCGCUCGAAUUAAUACAUGAUAGGGACUAAUGCUCCGGAAACAGCGUUAAAGUGUUUGUUUUUUGGCUAAUUGUUUUCAUAUAACAACAUGUUAAGAUAUAAAAUAUGAAAGCAUUAAGCACCCUAAUUAAACUCUCUGCCUCUGGGGUCUUUUCUCGAAACGCUUCAUCCCUACCAAUUAAAAUUUAUACUUCCACCAAUAUGUAUAACUAUAGCACCGAAAAGUUUGAAUGUUUCAGAAGAAUGCUAUAUAAAUUUAUUUAUAUCUGCGUUUCCGGUCGGCUGCCACAAACGUCAAUCUUUAGGUCUGCCGUUCUAUUAUGACGAGGCUACUCUAGUCUGAAGGAAGCUCGUUUUCACCGUUUAAUUUUUUCCUCGGUUAUUCUGCUAUAUAUACUGUAUCAGUGACAAAAUUGUUUUGAAUCCUCUUGAGCUGUGACGUCGCACGCAGCUACUUGGCAAUUAUAUUUCGUUGUGCGCGUUGUCCAUUUAGCUUCAGGGGGUCUUGUCAAUAUUAAAGCAAGAUAAAGAAAGUCCUUUUUUCGCCGUCGCCAACUUAAUUUUAGGUCGUCGUGUUUCUUUUCUUGUUGUGAAAUACAUGCACCGACACUGAAAGUUACCUAUUGAAAUUCUUUAAUUUAAGUAUUGAUAAGUUUUCUACACAGUUUCUAUUUUUAAAUUUGCUAUGGAUAUUUCAGACAGUUCUUUGGGAGAAUAACUGCAUAAAUCAAGCUCGAGCCCGCAGUAAUUGGCUCACGCUGUUGCGGUCACCCUGCCUAUAGUCAUGUAUAUUAUUCUUGUUCUUGUUAUACUUAUAGUUUUGUGUAUUGUAAUAUGGCGAAACUAAUAAAUAAAUAAAUAAAUAAGUAAUAAAAUAAAUACACGGCCUACACAAUUGUAGAAUUUUAUGUUUAUCGUAAAACAUUUUACAAAACGCGGUUGCUCAGAUGCGCAAUUGCAGUCACUAAAACCUUGUCACCGCCAGAAGGCAAAAGAAAGUUAACAAACACCUGCAGGUUUAUAUAUAAGGUGUUUGUAAAGCUGGUUUUAUGGUUAGUAAUCCAAGUGAGUAUAUAUACACUUUAAGACCUGACCAGGAACGACUGCGAAAAAUGCAGCACAAGGUCCUCUGGUAGGAAUUGAACCUACGGCCCUGCGAUUCCGGUGCAGCGCUCUAACCAACUGAGCUACAGAGGCCAGCUGUUGAGCUGUAACCCGCAUUCUAAUAUUUAUUCCACCAAGUGAAGUGCAAGAAACAAGAUCAUUGAAGUCCACCUUAUCACAACCCGCACACCCGAUCACCUAUAUAUACAUGAACUUACGGUUACAGCUCAACAGCUGGCCUCUGUAGCUCAGUUGGUUAGAUCGCUGCACCGGAAUCGCAGGGUCGUAGUUUCAAUUCCUACCAGAGGACCUUGUGCUGCAUUUUUCGCAGUCGUUCCUGGUCAGGUCUUAAAGUGUAUAUAUACUCACUUGGAUUACUAACCCUAAAACCAGCAUUCUAAUAUUAAUUCCACCAAGUGAAGUGCAAGAAACAAGAUCAUUGUUUGUAAAGCGUGUGCUUUGCCCAUGGUUGUGCCUUCAGGUACAAAAUUGGUUUGCAUAAAUGCUUUUCUAUCGUCCAAAAAACGUUCAGAAACGAAUUGAACAUUAAUUGGCUCUCUUGGCCUACAAAUAUAUUUUGAUACCGCGUAACUACGAUGUCAGCUCUGCAGAGAAUAAUCGCAACGCCAGCAAACGUCCGCUUGUCUAUACUAUAGCUACUAAGUCUAAGAAAAAAUAAAACCAUGACGAGACGAUUUACAAAAACUAUUAGAUGAAAAAGAAGCGGAAACGGCACUAAGACAGCAUUUAUAAUAAGAAUUUUCAACCGAAUAUUUUGAAGAAAAUAUAGGUUUUAAAUUAUUUUACAAAAAAAAAUUUGCAUUUUUCCUUAUACACACAAUAAAAUAAUUUUUGAAUUUUGCGUGAUAUGGUGAGUUAUUAUGGCAUACGGCUUCAGCAGGUAAGACAACCGCGGCCUUGGUAAUUCUCGAUAUAAUAUGCAGCUCAACCUUUUAAUAUCCAACUAUACUAUGUCCAUUCGUCUUCGAACACUUUAUUUAGAACGAUAGAAGAGCAUUUCAACUGUGACCCAGGUAUACAAUGAAUAAUGAAGAUCAAACAGUUUUCGGACUUCUCUAAUUACAUGGGUAUAUGUUUUGAUAUCGUUUAGGAAUACGAAACCCUUCCGAAAAGGAAACGUGGAAGGACAGGUUGGCCACAGAAAGUCUGGGCUUUGGAACUAAAAAAUGAAUGAUAUUUAAUAACGCACAUUUGCCUUCACUGACUAGAAUAUAUCUAAUCACAGGAGUGUAAUAAACAUCUUACUGCAAAAAUUAAUGCAAUAAUGGUCGAUAUAUCGCAGCAAGCUAAGUGUCCCAACACAUGCAGAAAGACUGGAAAUGAUCACAAUACCUGUACUGUAGGAACACGAAGUUGUAUACUUGCGCAGUAUACUGUAUGUAUGUUAGUAUAGACUAUAGUGCUAUAUAUACACUGUUACGCCGUUCGUGCGGUUCGUCUUGUGCACAAUAACAUUUUGAUAAAUUCUAAAAUUCACCCACAAAUGUGAAGAGCUGACAAUGAUUUGUUGAAGUCGUGAGAUUUGCGCAACGAACUUUACAGUACAUCGAUCACUCUAGACUGUAAUUUUCGAAAGAACGUCUUUAGACUUUAAUUAAGGUCUCUCUAAAUUAUUUGCGCUCGCGAAUUCGAUAGGGAACAUUUGCAUGAAUUUGGGGCAUUCUGAUUGAAAUCACACAGCUAUCAUGCAACUGUAUGCAACUUUCAGUGAGUGUUUCGAAAGAGUCUUAACUAUGUCUAAUAAUAAAACUAGCCUCAAGGGUCUUUUAAAGGUAUAGUGUUUUAAAAACUAUAAAUAUUUUAAUUUUUAUAAAAAUUAGAUAACUACCAGGGCCUAUCAGAGAAAUUCGGAGACCCGGGGCAAAUUUUUUUUUUUGGGGGG